UCCAUUGAUUGCCAAAUUUCGCUUGCUUCCCCUCCUCCCCGACCAAAUCCCCCCGACGGCGGCAGCAUCAUAGUCGGCGAUCUGAGCGGCGGCGUUCGCAGAGGCGAGUGGGACGGGUCAGCUGGACUGCACAGCGGUGGCCCGGUGGCUGUGCGCCGAGGAGCGAGGGCGUCCACGGAGGCGGCGAGCUAGUCGGCGGGGAACUGCACGCAGGAGGCGAGCUGAGAGGCGCGACCUCCACGAUGGAGUGAACAAGCAUGACCACGCACGGAGAAACAGAGCACUGAGCGUGGCGGCGUGAACAGAGCUACGCGUUUGAGGGGAGCCAAGGUGUCUGGGCCGCCGCACGCCCGCCCGCCGGUAACGAUGGAGGCCAAAACAGAUCUUGACAUUAGCCGGAAGCCGGAGCGGCCGCCGUCCAAAUUCCCCACGGAUGGCUCCUCAAUUGACUUUGGGACAUUUGAUAAGCACGGCUUCAUCUACGUUCCACCCGUCAUUGGGGAACAGUGUCAGUCUGCACCUGUCACGGAGGAUUCUGCUGCUGCAACACAAGCGUCCUCGCUGCAAGAGAGCGACUCCUCCAACAAAAUUGCGCCGCCAGGGGAUGCGUCACCAGGGAAAGGUGAUACGCCGGACCCUGGUGAAUCUGUUGGAGAUGUCAUGGCUGAUAAGUUGACAGAGCGCAAGUUGGAUGUUGAUUCACCAGAAAUCAUUACAGGGGGUUUCCACAGAGCCAAGCUGAUGGACAAUUUGAGGUGCCUUGCGGAGAUUAACAAAAUGUCAAACGGGAUUAGGAGGAAGAAGAGGAAAACAAGUGGUGGACAAGCUAUAUAGUUCCUUACCAAAUGCUCCAACUAGUACUACAACGUGCUGCACAUUUGUUCCAGAUGGGAUUUCCCCGCAGCUUGCUAUGGUUCGCCAUCUAAAUCACUGGAAGAAAGAUGGCCCAAGGUGCUAGGCCUCACUCUGAGACAUUACAAUCGAUCUUAUGGCGUUCUGAUGAAGUCGGACGAGAUUGACAGUGAAAGUUUCCAAGGGGUGGAUAUUGGGAGCGGGCCUAAAUGGGAUGGAAUACGGCAGAAGUAUAAAGAUCUGUUUGAUUAGUUUACUGAUACCAUGAAGGAUUUAUUCGGUAUGAUCCUAGUUCAUGGAACUUCUCCUUUUCUUGUCUGUCUUCAUGUCUACAGCUUGCAAUAAACAAAAGAUGACACAGGAAGUGAAAUGCACUUCUAUGCACUCAGCCCUUUUCUAUUAUGGAAGCUGCACCGACAUGGCACUAUUUCGCCUUUA